AUUUCACCGGCGUUUUGAGGUGGUUUAAACUUUAUCUGGAGUCUGAGAUAUUGACCUAGUUUCAGCUUGAGUCAGAGAGUUAUUGUUUAGUUCUAGAGAGGAUUGCAAACUGCACUGCAGGCAGCGGUUUUGUGUUGUGAAAUCUGUCCCUGUUGUGUUGAAAUUGUACACACAUAAUCAGAAAUGCUUUCAUGAGGGAUUUGCGUAUACUGAAGACCAGGUCUGAAUCAUCUGCUGGUGCAAAAAAAAAAAAAAUACAAUUCAAUGUACAUGUUUUUCCUCAGGUAGGGCGUAUCAGGAAGACAGCAGCACGACGGAGAGAGUACCACAUUUUAUUUAUGGUCAUCACUACAGUGGUGUGCUACCUUUUGUGCUGGAUGCCUUAUGGGGUUGUUGCAAUGAUGGCCACGUUUGGACGUCCGGGGAUCAUCACACCCAUUGCGAGCGUGGUGCCGUCCCUCCUUGCCAAAAGCAGCACAGUCAUCAACCCUGUUAUUUACAUCCUUAUGAACAAUCAGUUUUACAGGUGUUUCCUCAUCCUGUUUCAUUGCAAACACAGCUCUCUAGAGAAUGGACAGGCAUCUAUGCCUUCAAGAACUACUGGUAUCCAGCUCAACCGAAGGGCUUAUAGCAACACAGUGGCUGGCAACGCACCUCCAUCCAUUGGUCUCCAAAAUGAGUGCAGCACCCCUGUCUCAGGCUGAACCAAUCCACAAAAUAAAAAUUUCACCUUGAUGUUCCAGCUCAGCCCUGCCCCAUUCUAAUACAUACUGUUCCAAAUGAUGCCAAGACAGAAAUCAUCUGUGUAGUGUUGUGGAGUGCCUACAAAUCAAAAGCUAAAAAUCAGAACUGUAGCAAAGAGAUCUCUAUAGUCAUCUUUGUGAUGACAAACUGUUGUCUGACCUAACACACACCAUUUCAGUUAGUAUUUGUAUGUGACUUGUCAAA